AGUAAAAUGCUGAUAUUAGUUUGAUUAUUUCAAUGGCAGCGAAUCACAGACAGAAACAGCUCUGACCUUGGACUGUUUCUGAGAGUGUGACAUCACCGAGACGGGCACAGCUGUAAAUCUUACUGUUUGUUAUCUACAUGCAGACGUGGAGGUAGUGAGGCCGUACACUCCAGUGGAGCACAUAUUUCCAGCAGCUUCUAAGAACCAGUCACAGGAAUCAGACCUCUACCUCAUGAUCAAAGUCUACCCUGGUGGAGCGCUCACCCCACACCUCAGCAGCCUGAGUGUCGGUGACCGUGUGGCCGUAAGUGGUCCAGAAGGCACCUUCAGUCUCCGCCCUCUUCGUGAUGUUACAAACCUCUACCUAAUAGCUGCAGGCACAGGCUUCACGCCCAUGGCUCGCCUCAUCCGUGCGGCCCUCGAAGACAUCGAAACCAUCGGAAACACAAAGCUGCUCUUUUUUAACCGACGAGAAGAGGACAUUCUUUGGCGCGUUGAACUGGAUGAACUGGCUGCUAAUAACGACAGGUUUCAGGUGGAGCAUGUCCUCUCUGAGCCCAGUGAGCGCUGGACCGGCUGGAGUGGUCCGGUGAACGAGCCCAUACUUACUGAGCUGCUUUCCAGGCCUGAUGGGUCCAAAUGCUACGGGUGUGUCUGUGGCCCUGCAGCCUUCACAGAGCUAACACUCGGGUUGUUGAAGCAUCAGGGCUUCAGUGAGCAGCAGCUCCACGCCUUCCAGGGUUGACAUGAAGGGAACAUUGUGUUUCUAUGCAUCGAGAACUUGAUGAUGCUGAUACGUUUGAGGUGCUCUGAGGAACAUCAUGUGAAUAAAUAGAAAUAUCACUGGUACUGUUUCAGAUACAGUGGAUCCAGAAAGUAUUCAUUCAGCAUUUGUCACGAUCCAGCCUUAUUCCAAAAUACACCCAGUUCAUUUUUCACUUUAAAAUUCUACACGUGAUGCACCGUGAUAGCAAACUGAAAAACAUUUGCUCAUCUAUCGAUCUAUCGUGUACAUGGCCUUAAUGCCUACUCCAGCUCAUUUAGCUUAAAGCUGCUCUUAACCUCGUCACCUGCGCUCACUGGGCAUAUUUCUAUUUUGAUUGUGUAAUUCCUGCUCAGCUGAAUGCUUUGAGGAGUGAACAGCCAGUGACACCUCAGCCUGAGUCCAACCUGCUGAUUUUUAUAACCUGCACCUUCAGUUCAGACAGAACCUCAUCACCUGCCUCUAGUUUUUAAUUCAGUUUUAUUUAUGAAGUGUUAAAAUCACAACAGCAAUCCCUGCGAGGUGCUUUGUAUUGUAAGACAAAGACCUGCAAUAAUACAGAGUUCACAUUGCAGGAUGUUAUGCCACACAGCUACGAGGGUAAAGGAAACCACACACAGAGACUGAGGCCUGUGGAAACCCAUGACUGCUUCUCCCGAAGGUUACUAACAAUGAAAUGUCCCAGAAGUAUCUCUGCGUGCUAAAGAAAAGUGUUGCAACAGGAGAUUUUUCCAACUAUCAAAAAGAAAACUAAUGAACGCCAAGUGCUUCCUAGCAUGGUGGCACCACCGCCUGGUCACGGUGCCAGUAAAGCAGCCUUUUCCCGGGGCUUUAAAAACGUUGCUCAGGCUAAAUUCAAAGGUGUGCUUUGAUCAUAUCAAACUCAUUGCUACAUAAUACAGGCCUCAGCAGUGCCUACCUGUGGCUGUAGCUCAGGUGGCAGAGCGGAUCACCUACUAACCAGAAGACAUGAUACUAAUCCCAGGUUGCUCUUCAAUGCAUCCAUCGGGGUGUGAAUGUUAGGUAUCACUGGAAGCCUAGAAACGUGCUGGUGUGAUUGGGUGAAUGAACAAGUUGUAUAAAGCGCUUUGAGUGCUCAGAUAGGGUAGAAAAGCGCUAUAAGAACCAGUCCAUUUACCUUUAGCUCCUCCCACAAUAGUUGGUGCACAUUGUUCCCAUUGGGCUGUAGUCUCUGGAUCUUCAGUUUCAAAAGGUCAUAGCACUGAGCUACCAGGUGUUUCUGGGUUCUUUGCCCGUUCAUAGUUAUCACAUUUAUGCAUAUAGAGUGGGUUAGCUGGCAUAGCCGUGUUACAUCAGUUCCACGUUUCCUGUCCUUACCCGUGUAGGCAACUUCUCACCUGUCCUGUUCUGGUUUCCCAACACCUGACCUUGUUAAGCUGGGUGACGUCUAAGCCAGUAGUUGGGCUUAGCUAGCAUUGGGCUCUAGCCCAUGCUGCAUGCUGCAUGCAUGUCUUGAAUGGGUAUAAUACGGUCAGUGGAUACAAUUAGAAAACAUCGUUUACAUUACAGUAAACUUCAUCAAUACUUGGUCACCUAACAUGACUUAUCAGUCAGGGACGCACAUCCACUGUUACAGUCACGCCCAAAAGUACCUCAGUACCUCCUCUGCUCCUGCAGUGUGAUAACACAACCCUUGAACUGUGCAACAAAGACAUUCAGGCUGCAGACAGAACAACGUGAUGUGCUAUGUAGCUGCAACAUAUCAGUCAUAUCAGUGAUGCCAGCUCACAGUCUGGGUUUAGGGAAACUGCUCUACUUUUAACAUAAGGCUUCAAACUGGCAUUUUUUGGAGGGGCAGCCUGUAGCUCGGCUGGAACAAAUAAUCUUGAACUUGUGGAAAAAUAAAUUGACACCAAUCAGAUUUUCUGAAGCUCAUUAAAAUAAAUCCGGAUCAAUAAAGCCAGAACAGUCUUCACACCUGCACUGAUGCUGAAAAGAAUAACAUCUCCUUCACACAUGUGUGGAUACAAACACUGUGUCUGCAGCUGUAUGCAAACGUUACAGUUACAGUACAUAGAGGUUAAAUCAGGUGAAACAUCUCUAACCUUGGAUUAUUUUAAUUCAUUCACAGCACAAAUGUGUGUAAAAUGUAUUAAUAAUAGUGGUGGUGAAUUAACAUUGGCUGUUUUGUAGCAGAUGGGCAUCUCAAUGCACACUGUCAAGACAAAUGAAAGCAUUUACACCGAGUGUGGUGCUCAGCUGCCCCGUAUCGCAGACAUAACCUGGAAACACAGU